CAGUAAUAAAAGAACUAACAUUGCUUUUUUUCCUCUCCAUAGAUCUCAGCCAAGACUCCGAGGUGUCUCAGAGGGAACUCUCUGUCUUGCUCUGAGGUCGCUGCUUGUCAUUUCGAUCCACCAUUGUUGUCUUCACCAUUGAAGAAGUGCCUUGACUUCAUUACUGUGUGCUGGCCUUCCUUUCAAGACACCUGGGACAGCGGAACAACAAGAAAGAGAAGUAUAGGCAAACAAACACAAGCUAAAAAAAGACGCUCUUCAUGAAUUCCCCUAAAACCUGAAAGGCAAAUACAGCAAGUGCCUGGUGGUCUUGAGGAAGCAGGUGGACAUUGAAUAUGGCUUGGCUCUGUCUCCCAGUCUACUCCAUCCUCCUCCUUGGUUACUUUCAUGCAGCGGCCACAGAAAACGAUGUCACUCCACGCCUCACUUUUUCCUACAAUGCAAAGGAGAGAACAACCAGAAGUUUCUCAGUGAACGGGGUCUUCAACUUCACCUCCGUCCUGCUUAGUAGCGAAGACAACAUACUCUAUGUUGGCGCACGGGAGAGUGUCUUCGCACUCAACCUCUCUGAUAUCAGUGAAGUUAGGCUACAAAGAAAUCUUACAUGGAAAACCCCAGAGAGGAAGAGAGAUGAGUGCAGUUUCAAAGGAAAAGACCUGCAGACCGACUGCUUCAACUACAUCAAGAUUUUACUGCGUAUGAACAGCACUCAUCUGUAUGCAUGUGGAACAUAUGCCUUCAGCCCUAUCUGUGCUUACAUAAGCACCGCAGACUUCUCCUUUGUCAAGAGUGACACUGGUGGGAUAGUCACAGAGGAUGGACGGAGUCGCUGCCCAUUUAACCCUGAAUACAAGUCUACUGCCAUCAUGGCUGAUGGAGAGCUGUAUGCCGGCACAGUUAGUAAUUUCCAAGGAAAUGAACCAAUCAUUUAUAAGAGUCUGAGCCAAGGAACUGCUCUGAAAACAGAGAACUCACUAAACUGGCUUCAAGACCCAGCCUUUGUGGGCUCAGCCUACAUACAGGAGAGCCUGCCCAAGGGUAAUCUAGUGGGUGAUGAUGAUAAGAUUUACUUCUUCUUCAGUGAAGCGGGGAAGGAGUUUGAUUUCUUUGACAACACCAUUGUGUCACGCAUUGCUCGUGUGUGUAAGGGUGACAUCGGAGGAGAGAGGGUGUUGCAGAAGAAGUGGACCACUUUCCUGAAGGCUCAGCUUUUGUGCUCUCUACCUGAUGACGGCUUUCCUUUUAAUAUCAUCCAAGACAUGUUUGUGCUCACACCCAGCCCGGAGAACUGGAGGAGCACAGUGUUUUAUGGAGUCUUCACAUCUCAGUGGUACAAGGGUGCAUCUGGAAGCUCUGCAGUGUGUUCCUUUACCAUGGAUCAGGUGGAAAAGGCAUUCAAUGGGCGAUACCGGGAGGUGAACAGAGAGACCCAGCAGUGGCACACGUACAACCACCCAGUCCCAGAGCCACGGCCUGGAGCGUGCAUCACAAAUGCUGCCAGAGCACAGGGUAUCUCCUCCUCAUUGCACAUGCCAGACAAGGUGCUGAACUUUGUCAAAGACCACUUCCUCAUGGACAGCGUGAUCCGCAGCCAGCCUCUGCUCCUGAAACGGAAUGUGCGCUACACCCAGAUCGUGGUCCAUCGAGUCCAAGUAGCUAAAAAGGUGUAUAACGUGCUCUUCAUCGGGACAGAUGAUGGGAGACUGCAUAAAGCCAUUAAUGUCAAAAACAAGAUGCAUAUCAUUGAGGAAAUGGUGGUUCUCCGUGAUUCUCAACCAGUGCAGCACAUCGAACUGGACACUGAAAAGGGUCAGCUUUACGUUUCCUCACUCUCUGAAGUGGUGGAAGUUCCAGUAGCUAACUGCACCAAUUACCAGAGCUGUGGGGAAUGCAUCCUCUCCAGGGAUCCAUACUGUGCCUGGAACAGGAAGCAAUGUGUAGAUGUCCGAAAUGCUCCUGCAAGCAACAGUGUGCAACAGGAUGUAGAUGAAGCAGACACGUCCACUAUUUGCAACAAGAAUGAUCUGAACACAAGGGUCUCUAAAUUUCCACCUUCACGUAUUUUGUCGUGUAAGGUGAUCAUUAUCCCAGCCAACACAUUCAAAGUACUGCCCUGCAAGCUGCGCUCUAAUUUGGCUGAAAGGAGGUGGGAGUUCAGUAAGAGCGCAGGUCACUUCCAUUACCCGAGUCCCGAGGGGGGACUUGUGGUGGUAGCGCAGGCCAACAGGCAAGAAACAUACGAGUGCUGGUCAGUGGAGGAAGGCUUCAAACAGCUGCUGGCAAACUACUGCGUGAGGGGCGAGGCCAAGCAGGAGAGCACCACCCUGACAGGCCGCUCCCACGUACCGCAGAUCUCACAGGAGGAGUUCGUCAUCCUUCCGGGGGAGACCCGCUCGCCGCAGAUCAACACCAAGACCUACUGGAACGAGCUGAUUGUGGUCUGCGCCCUACUGGGGUUUUCCCUGGUGGUCUUCUCCCUGUUUGUGGUGUACAGGAACCGUGACCACAUGAAGUCCAUGCUCAAGGAGGGAGAGUGCCCAAACAUGCAGCAGAAGAAGCCCAGGAUAGUGGGGAAGCCAGCCGAGAACUUACCCCUCAAUGGCAGCACAGUCACAACAUCCGCAUCAGACCACAAAGGGUACCAGACCCUUAAUGACAACUACAUCUGCAGCACUCCACCGCACGAGUGUUCAUCCCCCGACAACAGCAAGAGCUUCUCGGAGUCGGAGAAGAGGCCUCUGAACUUAAAAGAGAGCCAUGUAGAGAUUUCUCCGACAUGUCCACGGCCACGAGUCAGACUAGGAUCCGAGAUUAAAGACUCUAUAGUGUGAGACCAGCUCCAUGCUACGUGGAGUGAACACAAAGAAAAGAGUGCGCCUUUUGGGAAAAAAAAACAUUGGAAGGGAGAAGCAGCACUCUAGUCAUUUCAUAACACAGAUUUUGCACUUUGUCCUUUUUUGUUCAGUCUCCGUGUUCAAUGUGCAUUUUAUUUGAUUUUCCUCUAACCCCCCCCCGCCCCCAAGUAUGUCUGAAGUGGGCUGAUGAAGCUCGAGUUUGCCUUCAGACGCUUUCACGUACCACUCACAGGAAUGUAACGCGCAUUAGGUGGCUGCACAGUUUUGGUUUAGUGACUGAAUUUCAGAGCUCUGUCACUUUAUCCGUCCACAUAUAGGUUUGAUGCUCUGAAAGGCAGAGUGACAUUCAAACAUCUUGCCACAAACACUGACAGAGUGUAUGAUGUUUUUUCGUCUGUCUUCUGGAGGGAGCCUGCGCCAAGGCUAUGCACUUUGUGCUGUACUGUAGCAAAGUAAACACUCACACAGAGCAUACAUGAACAAGACCAUGGCACAGGAGAAAGACACUUGUCCUUAUAGCCUGUGUGCACUUACAUGGGUUUACUUGGUAUUUUAGACUGAAAAACAAUGUGUAAAAAGAAAUAACUGAGAAAAGAGAUUCAAAGUGUUAUCAAAUGUAUUAAUGAUGAAAGAAAAUAUGAGCACAGAAUCGUCUAAGUUGAAAAAUUUGCAGAAACUUCCACCACCUCACAACACACAGAGAAAAGAAAAGAAUACGACAUAAAUGAAGAUACAGAUAAACUCUUCUAGUAUUUGAAUUGUUACUGGGUGUAGAUAUUACUCAGAGGAAGCCAAACAUGUCAUUCUUUUCAUUCUUUCUUUUUUUAUCACUGGAUGCUAUCAAGAAGAAAAGUUCAUUCCAGGUAUUAUCAUGCUGUUCUUCAUGAAACAUGCAGUCUAUGCAAAGCACAUAAUGUGAAGUGAGGUAAACAAAGGAAAAAAAGCUCACCAUGGGACUGAGUAAGCACAAACGUGAGAGUGCUGUGAACUUCUUUGGAAUUCAUGGCACAGCAAAAAAAGGAAAAAUAAAUAAAAAAAGAAAUAGCCCAUGCACUCAUACUAACAGCAGGUAUGCAAGAGAUUUUAGCCAUUUUUUAAAAAUGUUUUAGGGAGAAAGACAGCAAAACUCUGAGAGCUCAGCAUGAUAAAACAAGAUAAGGGGAGGGUCUAUGACGGCGAUGUAAAUCUGUGGCAUUUGAUUUAUUGCAGCAUGUAAAAACUUUUUUUUUUAAUUCUCUGAAUAUUUAUUAAGAAAAUGUGGCCAAAUGUUUAGGUUACUGAGAGGCUUUCUUUAUAGUCAGUCUCCAAUGUUUUAAAUAUAGUCUAAAAUAAACGUAACAAAAAUACUUAAUAAUUUGACAUGAAUAUCACAUCUGGUAUGAGUGUUGCUAUUGGCAAAGACACUUGUUGCUUUAAUGGAGAGUCACCAUUGAUGCAAUAAUUUUCUGAAUUUUUCAAUAAUUUUCACCUCAUCCUAUCAAUAAACACAAAAACUGUGCAUUUAGUUGUUCUGUCUACACAGAAGUAACCAAUCAAACUACAUUAACUGCCAAAUUUUACUGUCAUAUUAUGGCAUAACUUUUAAAUCAUUUUCAUGUUUUUCAAUAAUCAGUCUUACCUGAGUUUAGCUCUAGUAUAGUUAAGCAAAAUAAAAAUCUCACAAAAGCACAUGCGUAAAGGAAAGGCAUACAACUUGACCCAGAAAAAGUGGGAUUUGCACAUGAUGAUAAAGCCUUAGAAUAAUGCAUGUUAUGGAUCAGAGUACAAAUCUGCCAAGCCAGAAAUGAAUUAUGCCUUCUGAAACAAUAAUCAGGUGAUGUGCCUCUUGAGAUGAUAAACUAACCAGGUAGUAGUGUUGUAGAGUCCAAUGCGACACGCGAGGUGUGACAGUACCACUCUAGGAAACUUGAAGACAGUGUCCACAUGCUGUUUGAUGGUGUCAGUGUGAAACUAAAUUGUGCUAAUGCUGUGUUCCUUUUUUAAUAUUAUUAUUUGAUCUGUUGGCUUAAGCCUCAGUCAGGGACUAAAUCUUAUUCUUAAACUGCAGACCACAAAGAAAUGCUUUUUAUAAAAUAAAAUAAAAUAUAUAUAUAUAUAUAUA